AUGUUAGGAUCUUGUAAGAUCCUCGUAGGACAGAGACAGAAAAGGAUUUUGUUAGGAUUUUGUCUAGGCUUAGUUCUGGCGUAUGGCUUGGAAAUGGUCCAUCAAUAUUUAUGUUCAUUAAUAUCUUUUUUUGUACCAACAACAAGUUGGAUAUUACUGAUUGUAUUUGUUAUUCUCUUAAUAAUCUAUAUUAAGCAAAUUCUCAACUCUUAUCGAACAUUUCAGCGAAUAGGUUUAAAUGGUCCAAAACCAAGUUUUGUGGUCGGAAAUUUUAUUCAAAUGUUAAAGCAUCCAAAAUAUCCCUCAUUUCGUUUAACGGAGUGGACAAAACAAUACGGAAAAAUUUUUGGUUUUUAUAUUGGACAUACACCAAUUAUAUGCAUUUCAGAUCCAAAUUUCAUUCAAGAAAUGAUGGUUACACAAUUCAGUAGUUUUCAUUCUCGUCGUCCAUUACCUUUACAACAACUAGAUCUUCGUCAUUUACUUGCAUGUACUGGUCAAGAAUGGAAACGACAACGACAAGUUAUUAAUCCUACAUUUAGUCCAAAUAAGUUAAAGGAAAUGAUAGAAUUAGUUAACAAGUGUGGAGAUAAAUUAUUAAUUAAAUUAGAUGAACUGUGUGAAAAACAAAUGGAAUUUGAUAUAGGUCUAUUAUUAAAGCGUACAACGUUAGACAUUAUUUUCAAUUGUGCUUUCGGAAUUGAAAGUGAUAUUCAAAAUAACAUCACUGAUCCCUAUUUUCAACGGUGUGCACAAGUAUUUAAAUUUAAUUUAAUUCAAAUGAUAUUAACAUUUUUAUCCACGCUUUUUCCUGAAUUCAACAUCGUAUGGGUUAACAUCUUUCGUUACUGUAAUUUUUUUUUAUUAUGGAUAAGAGAUAAUAUUCCAUUCAUGGAAUAUUUGAUUGAUGUAGAUCCCAAUAUGUGGUUACAAAGUAAAGUUGAAAAUGUUAUUAAAAAACGUCAACAAAGUGAAAAUAAAAGAAUCGAUUUAUUACAGUUAAUGCUAGAUGCAAGUUCGUUUCAUGAAUCAGCAAAUUUAUCGUCUCCUUCUAACGAAGUAUCCCAGUCAGCUAGAACAUUGAGUUAUUCUGAGUUACUGAUGAAUAUUUAUUUAUUUAUGUUGGCUGGUUAUGAAACAAGUUCAACAGCACUCUCUUAUUUAUGUUACGUACUAGCAACACAUCAACACGAACAAAAAAUAUUACAAAAUGAAAUUGAACAUAAUUUAACAUCAGAUUUCAAUUAUGAGAAUAUCAAUAAAUUAGAAUAUUUGGAUAUGUUUAUACGUGAAACAUUAAGAAUGUAUCCUAUAGCACCAUUUAUUGUCAAUCGAAAAUGUAAUGAUGAUUGUACGAUCAACGGUAUGCAAAUAAAACAUGGAAUGAAUUUUAUCAUUGAUAUGUUCAGUGUUCAUUAUGAUCCCGUGCUAUGGGGUCCAACAGAUCCGAAUAUUUUCUAUCCAGAAAGAUUUAAGACAAAACGUCAUCCUGCUGCAUGGUUACCUUUUGGUAUUGGACCGCGUAAUUGUAUUGGUUUACGAUUUGCUAUGAUGGAAAUAAAACUAACAUUAAUCAAAAUCUUGAAAUGUUAUACAGUUUUAUCCGGUGAAAAAACGCUAAGUCAUUUCAAAGAACAUGAGGUGUUUGUCAUAUCACCCAAAUUUGGCAUUUGGAUACAAUUACAACGAAGAUAA